GGUUCAUAUUGUGUCCUAAUAAUUAUAGCACGUACCUAUUUCAAAUAUAAUUUAAUGUUAAAACUAUUUAUUUACAGAAUAGCGAUGGUGUACUAAGUGUAAAAUCACACAGUUGUUUUGUGGCAGUCUAAAUGUCAUGAUUAACGUGCCGUGGAUAUUUAGAAGAAGUGCUUGUGAACUUUGUUGAUAAAUAUUAAUAAAAUGAGUACGUCCUCACAAGGACCUGGGGAUAACAGAAGUGAAACAACAUCUGAGACUGCACAAUUAGUCAGCCACGAUGAUUUAGCUUCCACUUCCAAUUAUACUCAGUUGAACAGAUCUAUUAAUUAUCAAGACCCUCUAGAAGAUGAAUUUGAAGGCAGCCAUGGUGUCAGGCGGAGAAACACAGUGCAGAAGAUUGAGCCUGGGUCAACAAAUAUACUCUCUGCCAAAUUUGAAAGCUUGGACUACGACACCUGCGAGAACCACCCCCUCCUCGACGAGGAGCGGAAACGGGGCUACGCCUUCGUCAUAUGGAAGGACAUCACUCGCUGGUUCAUCUUCCUGCUCAUAGGAAUCAUCACGGCGUUGAUAGCGUUUGUCAUCGAUGUUUGUAUAGAAGAAUUCUCCGAGAUUAAAUAUAGGGAGCUUAAGAAAUCUGUGGACGCCCACUUGCCACACAGAAUGUAUGUCCCGUACUUGCUAUGGGUGUUGUCAAACAUUUGCAUAGUUUUCAUAGGUUCUGUGCUCGUCGCGUACGUUGAGCCAGUAGCAGCCGGCAGCGGUAUACCACAAGUAAAGUGUUACUUGAACGGAGUGAAAGUGCCGAGAGUCGUCCGCAUCAAAACGCUGUUCGUGAAAACCAUCGGCGUGAUCACUGCUGUGGUCGGAGGUCUCGCUGGAGGCAAGGAAGGUCCGAUGAUUCACAGUGGCGCGGUGGUAGCGGCUGGCAUUUCGCAAGGCAAGAGCACGACCUUCAACAAGGACUUCAAGAUCUUCCACUAUUUUCGAGAAGAUCAUGAAAAGCGUGAUUUCGUGUCGGGCGGCGCCGCGGCCGGCGUUUCGGCGGCCUUCGGAGCUCCCAUCGGUGGAGUGCUGUUUUCAUUAGAAGAAGGCACAAGUUUCUGGAACCAGGCGCUGACAUGGCGGACAUUCUUCGGCACCGUGGUCUCCACUUUCACGUUGAAUUGCGCGCUUUCUGCGUACCAUGGGCGUGCGGGGGAACUUAGUUAUCCAGGCCUCCUGAAUUUGGGCAAAAUGGAGCCGUUCCCGUUCCAAUUCUACGAGUUGCCCGUGUUCAUGUUCUUCGGCGCCGUGGGGGGCUGCCUCGGCGCCCUAUGGAAUCACAUCAACUACAAACUCUCCGUCUUCCGAAUUAGGUACAUAACAGCGCCGUGGCUACGAGUAGUGGAAGCGUGUCUAGUUGCGGCUGCGAGCGCGACCGUCGGCUUCCUCAUGAUGUACGCGCUCAACGACUGCCGUCCUCUAGGCGAAGACCCUACUAAAGUGCCAUUACAGCUGUACUGUGCCGACGGCGAAUACAACGCGCUCGCCGCGGUCUGGUUCCAAACGCCCGAAGCCUCCGUGCGCUCGUUCCUGCACAACCCCAUCGGCUCAUACAACCCGUGGUCCAUACUAGUGUUCGUGUCAUGCUACUUCCUACUGUCCGCGUGGACGUUCGGGCUAGCGGUGUCGAGUGGUCUGUUCAUUCCGAACCUGCUCUGUGGUGCGGCUUGGGGCCGCCUGCUGGCUAUCUUGAUACAGCUCAUGGCGCCUAAGAAUACGAUAAUAAACCCGGGGAAGUACGCCCUAGUCGGCGCGGCGGCUCAGCUCGGCGGGGUGGUCCGUAUGACCAUAUCACUGACGGUUAUUAUCAUCGAGACCACAGGGCAGAUAUCCAACGCACUGCCGAUCAUUAUCACACUGGUCGUCGCUAAAUGGGUUGGAGACUUCUUUAAUGAGGGAAUAUAUGACAUCCACAUCCAGCUAGCGGGCGUCCCAUUACUCCCAUGGGAGCCGCCGCCGCUCGCCCACAACGUGUACGCCUCAGAAGUGAUGUCGCAUCCCGUCUUCACGCUCCGCACCAUCGAGAACGUCGGUCACGUGGUCGAGCUACUCAAACUGGUGUCCUACAACGGUUUCCCGGUCGUUGACCCGCCUCUGGCUGAUGACCAAGAAGUGCACACAUACAAGCGUCUCCGAGGCCUAAUACUGCGCUCGCAGCUGAUCGUGCUCCUUCAGAACAAGAUCUACAACGAGAACGAACACGAGAACGCCAACACCACGUGGGCCAGCUUCAAUGUCGACAUGAACAUGUUUCGGAAGGAGUACCCGCGGUACCCGUCCAUCAACGAUUUGGAGAUAUCAGACUGGGAAAAAACCUGCACGAUAGACCUACGGCCAUUCAUGAAUCCGUCCCCGUACACGCUGCCUACUCGCGCGUCGCUGCCCCGGCUCUUCCGGCUGUUCCGAGCCCUGGGCCUGCGCCACCUGCCUAUAGUCAAUGACGUCAACGAGGUGGUGGGGAUGGUGACUCGCAAAGACAUUGCUCGGUACCGCGUCUGGAGGCAUCAUUUCAGCAUGGGAAUGGAGGAGUUAGUACUCUCCAGUGAAAUUUAAUUAUGUAGGCAAAAAUUGUGUUGAAAUUAAAGGGGCCCACUGAUUAACAGUCCGCCGGACGGUAUCGGCCUGUCAGUUAGAACAAAAUUUUGACAGUUCCGAACAACUGACAGGCCGAUACCGUCAUAAUAAUCAAGUCAAGUAAAUUAGAGUUAGACCAAGUCUGCAACGAUUUUGAUAGCAUAUGCAGUGCAAGUGUUAUUUAUAUGUCAUAAUUUCAUAGAAGUUUGAUGUUUAAAAUAACACUUGCACCAGUUGCACUGUGUGCUAUAAAAAUUAUUGCAAACUUUUCUUGUUCUCACUCUAUCAUUUUCUCGUCUUUCAGUAGUGAGGCACAGGAACUUGAUUCCAAUCGAUUUAACUAUUUUAUAAUAACAUUGUCAUACCUCUUUUAAAGAGAAAGUAUGAUUGUUGGAUGUGAUGCCCUGCCACUGUUAGGUAUCCAAGUUUGAUAUUACUAGAAGUAGUCAUUCUAAUUCAUUACUCCCAUAACUUAUAUACAUAUAUAAAAAUUUGAACAACUUGAUCAAUUAAAUGUCACAUUGUUAUGCCCAAUGUCCAGUGAUAAUUGAUUAUCUUAACAACCACCAAAAAGACAGGGUCCCUAUUUGGAACAAUAUAUACCUAAUCAGUACAUUCAGUACUUCUAAGAAAAUUAGAGGCUCAAUAUAGUAUUCCUUAUUAAUAAUUUAAUUACAUACUUAUUUUGAAGUGAUUGCCAAGUUAAAGUUGGAAACUGAGGGCCUACUCCGCCUACUGCAAAAACCACAUUCAAUGUAUAGCCUCUCUCUCAUACUUGUAAAUUCGUUUAUAAGCUUGACAGGAAGGCAUAGACUAGGAAUCCUCUAGACCGAGUUUAGAGCAAUUAUUUCAUGAAACCGAUGCUGCCAAUAAUGGGUGCGGGGGACGAAGUGAGCGAGAUCCCGUGCCGUGAUCAGUCUGUUCAAAGGCACAGACGUCACACAAAGACACUUUCAACUCGAAGAUGGAGUAAAACUACCAUAUGCAUGGCAGAGAGGGUAGUGCUACUAUGCUCAGUCUGGAGGA